UGCUACCAUACAGGACUUUUAAUAUUUAUACCGCACAAUCAAAGAAACAUACAAAGCCACAACCACAAACACAACGGUAUCAACGACAAUCAUCUCCUGCUUCUACUUGAAGGGCCUGUUGGGUUGUUAGAUAUGGAAAACCGAGCGUAAAGUCACGAUACUACACACUAAACAUCAGAACCAAUCACGAGCAAACAUAAACUAUGAGGAGGUUUCACCAACUGUACAGAAUGCCCUGCCGGUAUCGACUUCUGGUGAUAGCUGCCUCCCUWUUCUGGGUCCAUGGGUUUCUUCUACCUUCGCAACGACCCCUUCCUCAGUUCAAAACGAAGGACUUWSUUGUGCGAAAGGUGUAUCGAUUUGCUUCUUUGCGAGAUUCUCUCGGCAUGUUGAAGUCGACAAAGAUCGKAUCUAGGGUCAACAAUGGAUCGGAACCAUCAUCAGCAACUAUGACAGCGACGAAAAAGAAAGGCCAUGGCAUACAAGUGAAAAAGAGAAGGACGUGGGACAACUACUACCCCUUGUUGGAAAACUUUUAUUCGAAACAUGGACACAGCGACGUGAAAGCCGAAGACGACCCCGAUCUCUUCAAAUUUGUCUCGUCUCUUAGAAACAACUAUCGUCGACAAGUUCUCGAUAGCAGAGAAUCUGCUGGAAAGUCGAAUUCAAAAACCCAGCAGCUCGCAGAAGAGAAAAUCCGGUGCCUGGAAAACAUCGAUUUUGUGUGGUAUGUUCCAAACAAAAAGAGGACCUGGGAGUAUUAUUAUCCCCGAUUGCAGGAGUUUUACGCAAAACACGGCCAUUCCAACGUAACAAAAGAGGAAGACAAAGAUCUCCACCAGUACAUAACCUCGCUGCGAAACAAUUACGUGCCGGAGUCCGCGUUACAUCAGUCCGCAAAAUCGAAGCGGAUACUCCCUGCGGACAAGGUGCAAGCACUCAAGGAGAUUGACUUUUCUUGGAAAAAAUGUGCKCCUCCGCGCACGGUCCGACCGGGGGGCCGAACGUGGGAAGAAUACUUCCCACGGUUGCAAAGCUUCCACGAGAAGCACGGCCAUGCGAACGUGACACCAGAAGACGACCCGGAUCUGUUUCAAUACGUCUCGUCCCUGCGAAAGAACUAUCGCCAUCAAUACCUUGGAACUUCGUCCGAAACAGCCAAGACGAAUUGGUGGCUCCCGGAAGAAAGAUUCCAGGCGUUGCAAGACCUCAACUUUUCUUGGUAUACCGAAUCUCGUGCUCCUAAAAAAGCGUUACAGUCCAAGACCCGACAACCCUCCCGGCUGUGGACCGAAUACUAUCCCAAGCUGCAAAAAUUUCACGAUAGGCAUGGUCAUUGCAAUAUAACAGCCGAGAACAACGAGGACCUUUACCUGUGGAUUAAAUCUCUGGAACGACGUUACCAGCUUCCUGAAGACAAGCUUCAGGCUUUGCAACAGCUCGGCGUAACGCUGUUAAAACCCAAAGACAAGAGACGAUUUCUAAUGCAAGAAAUGCUGCCUAGGCUCCAAUCWCACCAGGAACGUUUUGGACGCGUGGCAGUGACCCAGAACGAGGACACUGAUCUCAAUGAGUGGACACGAAAAUUUGUUCGGCAGCAAGGAUAUCCAAAACUAUGGGACUUGCUUGGAUUCCCCCCCCAGGACGGAAAAUGGCGAAAAGGAUACUGGAAGAAAAUGUACAAACAGCUUGUCGGCUACCACAAUAGCAAUCGAGAUGACCGGGUCAACCCGGAUUCGAACUAUGAACUGGAGUAUUUUAUUCGAGAUCAACGGCGACAGUACGUGCGAUGGCGCAAGGGCCUUUCGACCACGAUGACAGUAGAUCGCAUUGAGUCGCUGGAGAAAAUUGGUUUUGUCUGGGCCAAAACUAGACCAAAGAUAAAGAAAACCCACGAGGAACGCUGGAACGAUAUGGUCCAACAACUMAAGGUAUAUCGCGAAAAACACGGCCACGCCGAGGUUCCUCAAGAAUAUGACGAGAACCCCCAGCUUGGCCGGUGGGUUAUGAACCAAAGGACCUUCUAUAGGAUGAACGAAAUCGGCAUUUACACCACCCUGAGCGAGGAUCGAAUCCAGCAGCUAGAGCAGCUCGAUUUCGUGUGGCGUUAUCGGGAAAAGCACUGGUGGACCAUGUUCGGAAGGUUGAGGGAUUACGAAAAGAUUCACGGACAUCUCAUCAUCGACGUCACCGAUUUUGUCAACGAAGAUCUGAGACAGUGGUUAAACGAACAGCGCUAUUUUUACAAAUCAAACACAAAGGGCCAUCGUUUGACACGCGAGCGGAUCGAGGCGUUGCAGUCUCUCCCCGGCUUUCGGUGGAGCGGAAAGCAAGCCAAGAUUCCGACCAAGGACGAUUGGACCCAGUUGCUUGGUGCCAUCCGCGAACGCGGAAUAUCGGCGGAGGUCAAGGCGAAACAGCACUGGUUCGAUGGUGUUAAUCCGUUUGAGGACGAAGUCAAGAGUGUUUAUUCCGACGACGAUUUGCUGGCUCUCUGGAACGAGGAAAACGAUCCCGAUGAUGGCGACGAAGAGGACGACAGUUUUUACGAAGACGAUGAAGCCAACAGGCUUUUCCUCGGGGAAUCCAGGCUAUAGAAAAAGGAAUGAUUCAAAAAGUAGAAGAAGUACUUAUGUAACAAUUUAGCUUCUGUCUGAUUACUAGUAGUAGUAAUUUUUAAUUUCAAUUACGGAGUACGUACGGUGCAACGGUACGUACUAUUGUAUCAUAGCACUCGUUAGAGGCUCGAACAAGUCAUAUUACAUGUCAUACUAUGGUAUCAUAUUGACCAAUGGUAUGUACGUAGUCUCUGCUACGAUUAACGAUUACUCUUGUGUUCUGGAACAGUCUCGUUCUGCAUAAUGGGUGAUUCCCGAUAUUAUAGAUGUGCUACUUUUUGAUAGACUGACAGACCGAAAUUUAGCACAUUUAUAACAAAAAUUUAUUAUGUUU